GUGAGAAGCCUUACGUGUGCACGGUGCAAGGCUGCGGUAAGCGGUUCACAGAGUACUCCAGUCUGUACAAACACCACGUAGUCCACACCCACUCCAAGCCCUACAUCUGUAACCACUGUGGGAAGAACUACCGCCAGACCUCCACCCUAGCCAUGCACAAACGCACCGCUCACGGGGACAACGAGGCCAUGGAGGAGGGGGAGGAGCCGGCACAGUUUUACGCAGCUCCAGCUGCUGAAGCUGAUGGUGAGCCUGACCCCAAACGACCCAGGAUCCAGUACCAGCUGACCCUCACAGCUGAUCAGGCACAGCAGAGUGGCUUACCAGAAGGUUUGGCAGUAGUGACAUCAGCAGAUGGCACCAUGUCCACCCAGGAGGGGCAGACUGUCACCAUGGUGACACAAGAUGGACAGCAGAUCACCAUGGUAACAACAUCAGAAGGCAUGGCCGUGGCUGCAGACCCCUCUACACUGGCGGCUAUGCAGGUGGAAGGUGUGACCACCACAACAGGAGAUGCUGCCCCUGUUACCAUGGUAACACAGGAUGGACAGCAGAUUGCCAUGGUUACGGCCAGCGAGGCAGCUUCUAUCACUGCAGAGCCCGGGUCAGCCCUGGCAGCCAUGCAGGCUGCUGCUGAAGAAGCUGCAGCCAAUGCUGCGGCAGCUUCGUCCAGCCAGUCCAGCAGCGAGGCCAUCAGCAGCAGUGCGGACAUCACGCAGCAGCCGGACUCUCAGGAGGCUGACCAGGGCCUGGCACAGAUGGACGACGGGGCCAGGAUAGCUGUGGAGAGUGCACAGGCAACUCUGCUGCAGCUAGCUGAGCAGCAAAACUUAACCAUCAGCGUGACAGGGGUACAGCCAGAUGAUGGAACGACUAAUGCAGAGGCAGAACCCUCUUCAGCCUCAGGGGGUGAUGAUCAGAUGCCAGAACAGCCUGACAGCACAGCAUACCCAGAUGACUCUAUAGUCGGCUAGCAUGAAACUGACGAAGUUUGCAUGGAAAAAUUUUGUAGAAAUGUUUUGAUGUAUGAUGUUAAUAUUUUCUCAGUACAAACCCUCAUUGUUUUUAUACAUGUACCUUCUUUUGUUACUGUUUUGGGUCUUUCAAUCUUUCUCUGGAACUAUAUUGAGCUGCAUUGGGUUUGAUUCUGGCUUGUAGAGAGUAGAAGAAACAGGAUAAUGUAAAUGUAUUCUGGUAAACAGUUCAUUUUGGAAUGUAGCACUGAACCCGGCCAUUUGUAGUCAGUUGAAAUACAGCAUUUUUGAUUUAAAGGUGGAAGACUUACAAUGUAGAUGUCACGACCCUAAUUUAUUAAUGGAAAAAGACUAAAAGAAGGAGACUUCAGGUUCCCACAAUAAAAGCACAUGUACUUCAGGUAGCCAUCUUCAACUUACAGAGAGGUUUCAUCAAAUUUGUCGAAAAAUGUAUGCACACCUGUGCCGUCUCUGUAUGGCAAGUCAAUUUUUUUGCAAGGAUAGCCACUCUAGAACUACACAUGUACAAUAUGUAAACUGAAAUGUAGGAGACAAAUCAAAUAGCUUGUGAAUGUAUUUGGACAUAGGGAGGGAAAUGAUAGGAUGAACUUUGACCCAUAGUAUAUUUGGAGACCUAGUAUGUGUAGAAGUUUGAAAUGAAAAUGAAAUGCUGCAUUCUUGAUGACAAUUUGUGUAAAUAGACAGCUGUUGUGAUCUUUGCUCUGAUGUAACGUGUUUUCAAAGUUCAUUUUUUUUACAAAUAUUGAGCACAAUCUGUAUGUAUUGUAUUUACUUAUGUACUGAGUCCAUACCUGGUGUUGUUUACCUGUAAAGUUGUCUAUUUACUUAAUUUAUUUGUUACCUCUAUUCACUAUUUCUAAUAUAACAUGUUUGAGCAACAAUCAUUGCCAUUCUGUUGUUUUUCUUUGCUAGUUGGGUAAAUUUUAUUUUACAUGUAUUUGUUUGGCUGUGAAUGGCAUUAUGUCUUACAGCCAGCACUGCCGAACUACGUAGCCAGUGGCUAUUACAAAGGGCUGUUUUUGUCUUCUAGGUAUCAAUUAAGUCUGUUACAAUUCACACUGCUAGGGCAUCAUACAUGUUUAUAAGAACAUCUCAAAGUGAUCUACAGAAGCUGUAAUAAUUAACUUCCAAGCAAUGGAAGAAUACGUAAGAAUAAAAUAGGAACUAGCUCGG